GUGGCGGGAGCUCUGGGGCGCAGCCGCCCAAGCUCUCGCCCGAGGCCCGUGACCGUUUCCCAGCACUCAACGAGGCUGGCUUCGACCUGCUGUCCGUCACGCUGUCCGCCAGUGACAAGCACAGCCUGCGGCAGUCUCGUUUCCUGCUGCAGCAGCAGCAGCUGGGCACGCUCUCCGACAUCAAGACGGUCAAGUCUGCGCAGGUGGCGGCGGACGAGGCCCGCAAACGGCUCCAGCAAGCCAACGUGGACUACGAGAGAAAGCAGAAGCUGGCUGCCGAGCUACAGGUCGAGCUGGACGCCGCCGCCUCCAAGGCGAAGGCCACGCUCGCCGACGACGCCGCGUCCAAGGCUCAGCCCCCUGAGCCCGUCGCAGCGGGCGGUGGCAAAGAUGGCGCCCCAGCGGGCGGCAGCGGGGCAGCCGCUGGGGCAGCUGCUGCUGGCGUCGCCGCGGGCGAAGACAUCGACGUGGACCUCGAGAAGGACCCGCUGGAUUUCGCCACGGGCGACUCGUUCAAGGCCGCCGCCUCCGUCUGCGUCGGAUCCGACCCAAACAAGAAGAAGUUCGUCGAGGAGUUCCAGGCCCACCGCAAGCAGAUGCACGAGGCCGCGGUCGAGGCCACGAAGCCGCGGUUGGGGUAG